CUCCAACCUCCACCACAUCCUCCUCUCCAUUCUUCUCUUUCCCCCUCCCCAAACAUCCCCCAACAAAACAAAAUGGUCAAACCCCUAACCUUCAAAGGCGACAAGCCCAAAAAGCGCAAAAACCGCGACCCCUCCACCACCACCAGCGACGGCGUCCCCGCGAAACGCGCCCACACCGACGACUCCAACCCCAACGCCUCAGCCAUCACCACGACAGACGACGCCCCCGACGACCAGACCUGGGUGAACGCAGACACGUCGUCGGACAUCGCCGGCCCCGUGAUCCUCGUCCUGGCCUCGGACCCACCGACCUGUAUCGCCAGCGACGCUAACGGCAAGGCGUUCGCCAGCGAGCUCGAGAACACGAUCGAUGGGGACCCGGGGACCGCGGAGCCGCAUGACGUGCGACAGGUGUGGGUUGCGAUGAGGGUCGCGGGGACCGAGGCGUUCGGGUUCAAGGGACAUCAUGGGAAAUUUCUCGGCUGCGACAACUACGGCAUUCCCAGCGCGACGGCGUCCGCGAUCUCGCACCGCGAAUCCUUCCUCGUGAUCCCCGGCGAAGUGCCCGGGACGUUUGCGCUGCAGACGGGCGGCGGGGACAAGGAGAACUUCAUCUCCGUGAAGGAGGUGACGUCGAGCAAGAAUGCGAGUGGGAAGGGGUGGGAGGUGCGUGGGGAUGCGGAGCAGAUCUCGUUCGAGACGACGGUGCGGAUCCGCAUGCAGGCGCGCUUUAAGCCGAAGAUUAAGGCGACGAAGGAGACCAAGGCGCGGGAGAAGGUGAGUCGGAAGGAGUUGGAGGAGGCGGUGGGGAGGAGGUUGGAUGAUGACGAGGUGAAGAGGUUGAAGAGGGCGAGGCGGGAGGGGAAUUUCCACGAGGAGAUUUUGGAUGUCAGGGUGAAGGGGAAACAUGAUAAGUUUGCUUGAUUUGGUUUCAUUUUGAUUUUUGGGAUAGUGGUUUUUGGAUAUCUGGGUAUCUAUUUGCUUUGCUUAUAUUAUUUUGAAAGAGGGGAGCGGAUUGGACAUAUGUAUUAUAUUAUGUAUACCAGAGAUUAUAUUCCAUCAUACAAGGGGGU